AUGACGUACGCGCAACUCAUCUACAUCGCACUCCAUAGCACAGAAAAAAAGGCGAUGGGGCUAGGCGAACUCUACCACUGGUUUGAGCAAAACACCAGGAGAGCCAACAAGGGAGGCGAAGGAUGGAAAAACAGCGUUCGUUCGAACCUGAGCGUAAACAAGGCCUUCCAACGAGUGGAACGGAAAGGCUCCCUCUGGCAGCUCGCGGAGGCAGGGUUGACGGAGUUCCAACCAACGCGUAAGCCCCGAACGGAUCGCCGGGCGAGUCGCAGAAAACAGGCAGAGGGGUCAUACAAAUGGAAGAUCAGUGUCGCAUUACCUCCUCCGUCUUGCGCACCCACUUUGCAGGAUCACUCGGAGGAGAAUGUGUCCGGAAGUGAUUGCGGCGACGAUGGGUUUUGGUCAUUUGACGGCGGCUUCACGUCGCCCGAGAGCAGCCAGCCUGAAAGCGGAACCUCUACCGAUUAUCCCACGCCGACACCGAUUACUUCGACGCAAGAUGGCUUGGAGCACAUGCAUGAUCCGCUAUGGGCUUGGAACCUGGAUAGUGGGCGCUACCUCCACUGGCCCUACUGCAGCUGCCUCUGUGGCCGACGACAAUUUUGUUGGACAGACGUGAACGACAUAUUGCCAUCAUGCGCCCCGACAGCGUUUGCUCCCAUGUGGACGAGCAUAGGUGUGGGUUCUAGUCCGCCGUCGGAAACGUCUGUGCAAUGGGAGAUCUGA